CAUACGUACAUAGAUAUUCACACAAUUACUAAAUGUCUCGAUGGUUCUGUUUCUCUAUAAAUAAUGUGCUCCGUCAAUCAAGAGGGAAAUUCCGCGUUACCUUUGACCUCCGUCAUGAAUGUAUUAUGGUAUAGCGGCAAAUGACUGUGCGUAGAUCACAUACAGCAACUGUUAUAUGACACACCCACAACUGGUCUUACUUCAUUUAAAGCCUAUUGUUUUGAUCUGAAUAUAGCAGCUGAAAUUCAAAAUGGCACACGUGAGAACAGCAUCUUACUUUGAUCAUUUGAGCACAUUCUUGACGCUAUGUGCACUUGCAACGGGUUGUGUAGCCACGAUACAUACUGAUCAACAUGUCAUCGGAUGGCUAGGUGAGAAUGUGAAUCUCCCAUGUAAAUUCACCUAUCCCGAUGUUCUAGCGUUGUACUGGACGAACAGCAGUGGUGGCGGCAAAGCUACUUAUUUCCAAGAAAAGCCACAUAACUUCGAUGGUCGUUUCAAUUUGAAUGAUGAUUUUUCCAUCGAUAUCAGAAACCUCAGUGUUUCAGACGAAGGGAGAUAUCAGUGUCGCUUAGAACUUCAAUCUGGUACUAGUUACAUCAACCAUACAGAACUGACCAUCUAUGCAUCACCAUCAAUGCCCCAAAUCGAACAGUGCGUCCAUGGGUCAACAGGCAACAAAUCCCAACGUUUCUGCAUCGUAGAAACUUCCAACACAUAUCCGUUCAACAUGAACUGCCGUGUUACUGGCUUCAGACCUAAUGUAACGCUUGAGUGGACCUCGUCGGGGAUUGUGAAGCAGCCCCUUGGGCAUCCUUUCCAGAGGACACUACCAAACGGUACAGCUGAGAGAGAGGUGACCAUCAGCGUGACUGCUAAACUAGAUGAAGUGCAGAAUUAUACCUGUACGGUGAGGGGUGAAGCAACAAAUAGGACAGAUUGGUCAACAACCGUCACUGUUCUCGUUCCACCUGUGCCAACAGUGCCUGAUAACGAAUUACCGGUUGGAGGAAAGGUCGUGAUAGCUAUCUUUGUUAUACUGGUUAUCAUCUGCAUCGUAUUAGUAGCUACAUGCGUGAUCAUGCUGGGACUACGAAGAAAGAAAAAACUACAUCCCAAAGGUGAAGCAAUCUUAAGUCACGUUCCAUUUCUGAGAACACUCUUCCUACCUGAACCUGAACCUAAUCCAGAAGCAGUGAAAUUAGAACACAGAAGGGAGGAAUUGUCUUCUCUACGUGAGAAGUUAAGGGACUACACCUUUGAGCCGCCGGAGGGGUGCAGUGUGAAAUCAGCACAUAUCGGCUUGUUUGGAGAAAUGAGCGCCGGAAAAUCGUCCUUUCUAAAUUCUCUUGAAUUCGCAUUCACAGGUCAGUUUAAACAGAGUCAGGUAAUAGGCGGAAUGGAAUCAGGAGGAGGAAAAACGAUCUCACGUACUCUUCUAACUGUCACUGGCAGCAUUUCUCUUUUCGACAACCGAGGCAUGAAUGACUUCCAGCCAUCUAAUCUAACGGAAAUACUUGCUCAACUCCGUGGAGAACGUGGUCCGGACAUAGAAGAAAUCGUGCGAAGUGAAGACGAAGAAAUCCAUUGUGGUGUUUUCGUUUUCAGAAUCUCUGACUUCAAUCGGAGACCCGGUAUAGAGUUCAUAGGAGCCUUCGCGAAAGAACUAAGAAAGUACAACGGAUAUCCACCGAUGAUCGUUAUUACUCACGCAGCAUCGCUAGAUGAUGAGGAAAGAGAGGACAUCAAAACAGAGCUUGGUGUACACGAUGUCCAUGAGAACGUGUGGUUUUUUCGAAAAUUACACAAAAGAUAAUUCAACGGAAGACGAAGAGAAGAGCAUUGAAUUGCUCAAGUUCCUUGACGCUGCCCUCAAACAUUGCAAACUCACCAUAGUCCAUACAGAACGAAAGAAAAAUGUAACAGCGGUGAAGCCAAAGAAAGAGAAGAAAAAGCGACCCGAGGAGUUUCAGUCGACAAGUGAUAAUACGACUGCUAAGACUGAUGAUAAAUCACGCUGCUGCUGCUCUUGACGCUUCCCUCACACAUUGCAAACUUACCAUAGUCCAUACAGAACGAAAGAAAAAUGUAACAGCGGUUAAGCCAAAGAAAGAGAAGAAAAGCGAGCCGAGGAGUCUCCGUCGACAAGUGAUCAGACAAAAUUAAUGCUAAUGAAAAUAAAGGCUUUUUUUUGCUGGGUGAAAUCUUGGUUUGAAUAAAUCACGCAUGUGAGUGUUUUAGUGUGGACGGCAACUUUUAUUCCAAUAAGAUAUGUUAUAGCUUCACGUGAAUCCCAGUGAGCAUAUGCAUCCCACCACUCGUUAUUUAAUCACAGUACGACAUAUCUUUUAAAUUUCAAUGAAUUGGUGUUCAAAGGAAUCUUCACCUAAAUUUAAUACUGUGUGUGCAACAGCAUGUGUGUGCGAGUGGGUGUGUGUGUGGGUGUGCACUCGCACGCGCGCGUAAAGCAUCCAUCCAUCACUUUUAAUAUUUCAUGAAUUCUUUAUUCAUUGUUGUAUAAGAACAUAGAUACUUUGCUUGUUUUUUUUACUCGAGGUUUGUAUUGUAUGCAUUGUUUUUAUCUUUACUACAUGUAUAAUGUAAUGUUGCAUGAUCGAUAUUUAUCUCUGCACUCACAGGAAUUGAUAAAGUUAGCUUAUUCCUUUUUGCAUAUUGCUGUGACAAUUGACUGUACAAAAUAAUGAAACGGCACCCCUCCAUUAUUUAUGUAUAUUUUUUCAAAGUAGACCACGUAUUUUACAGGUACAGCAUCUAUUGAUAUAUUUUGUAUUUAUUGCUGUUAUCCCCGCCCCCUUUUCUCAUUCUUUCUUUCUCUCCCUCUGUGCAAAUGUGUAAGUUUUAUUAUGGAAUUUAUCACGAUUGUUUAAAUGGAAGAAAAUGUUGCUCCAUGACAUGUAUACAAAAGUCUUUCGAUUUAUUUUAACUUUUGAAUCUUUUAUUUCAUUAAUUCAUUGAUUAAUAGCGAUGAAUAUAAUUUGUGUCUUGUUUUAUUAUAUAUCAGUGUAAAAAGGAUUCACGUGCUUAAAAAAAAGAAUAUUUUAAUGGUGAAUGAAAUUUGAGUUUCUGCACUAACUGAAAUGAACAAGUAAGAUAAAUAUUACUAAUUCUAAAAAAUAAGAUAUUUUGCCCUCUCUAGGCUACUUCAUUGAAUAAAGUAAAAAAUAACAAAGUUACAUUUGUUUGACUCGUUUGGUUACAGGGUAUUUCCCUCAUUUUCUCAUACAAAUAAAGGUUGAAGUGACUGCCACUUAAUAUUAAACAAAUGUUAUAUACGCAACUCGUACCAAAUAAAUAAAAUAUAAAUAUAUCUUUCAUUCUCUACACUAAAUACAGGAAUCCUGUUGCUAAACUUUUUCUUAGAAAAUCUGUUUUUUCAUCAAUGUUAAUAAUAUGCAAUUAAAUGUGCAUCAUGUCUCUUUUCUUCAAAACCCAAACUGAUAUUUUCUCUUGUAAACUCAAUCUGUAAACGGCUACAUUCUUAAAUCCUCUAUGAAGUCUUAUUUCAAAUUUGUAAAACGAAAUUCACACACAUUAAACAAGCUCAAUAUCUUCUAACUCUCUUUUACAAAA